AUGGCUCUCAAGAACAUCCAGUUAAGCAGGAAGAUCGAGAGUGAUAGUUUGAGGAGCAUUCAACAUACAUCAUCAGCUAUGAAUAUUUUGCGCUCCCUUCCCGUCUCAAAUCCACAGGACGCGGCGUUGUGCCUUACCAUAGGAAUGAUGCUUGCAAUAUCCAUAUACUCGACCGUUGGUCUUGGUGUCGCCGAUGUCUGCCAUUAUUGCCUUAGCACAACAUCUCCGUUCGUGACCAGUGAGGUUCCCGAUCCGGUCUUGGAAACGCGACAGGGCUUUCUGGCCCUGCUGGAGUUGAUGGACUGCCUUGUUUAUCGCCGCAAGCCAACUCUUAGAAUCCAACCGUCAAAUAGCAGAGGCGUGGACCGUCAUCUGGGUCUCUGCUCGCCUUUGCUUCCAUAUUACUAUGAUCUGUGCGUGGUCAGCCAUUCAUUGGCCAACUCAGCAGACAAAGGAAGCCUGGCAAUGAUGCAUAAUAAACUGGACGAGAUCCAAGCGUCACUGGAAGAGUGGCAACCGUCUUGCUUGGAUGGCGAGUUCAUUAAUCAGUUUUCAACGACCGAUGCCGUCAACCUUCUUGCCCAGGCCAAGGUGUAUCGGCUAGCAGCCCUUCUUGUCGCUCACAGGCUGCGGUACGGGUUUGGUGAGCAAGAUGCGCAGGCUGACAUCUGGGCGAGCGAGAUUAUGAUGGAACUCAACAUGGCGCAGCGGAUUACGAAGCGCCUCAUCUGUUUCGUGACGCUGCCGUUCCUAGUUGCCGCGGUUGAACUGCGAAAUCCCAGUGCGCGAGGCAAGGCUUUGUAUCAGGUGGAGGAGUUUGUGGAUAAUGUCACCCCCGUGCUGAAAAAGGCCGGCAGGACUUUUUUGACUAGAAUAUGGCAGGAACGAGACUCGAGAACCACGGCGUUUUGGCUUGAUUCGGUUCACAAGCCUUGUCCUGUAUUGCAGUCACUGGAUCCAGCUUGCCUUGUCUGA